AUGGAUAUAGGUUUUACAUGGUGUGGUCCAAAAGAUGAACCUAUUCCCGAGUGUAUUGUAUGUGGGAAAAUGUUGACCAACGAAUCGAUGGUGCCCAGCAAAUUGAAACGCCAUUUUAUUAAACAACAUUCUCACUUGAAGAAUAAAGACGUUCAUUAUUUCAGAAAACUUCUCAGUGAUCAAAAAAAAGAAGCAACCAAAUUUACAAAAAAGGUCAAAGUGUCCGAGAGGGCUCUCGAAGCAAGUUUUGUUGUUUCACAAAUGAUCGCCAACAACAUGAAAGGGCAUACUAUUGGAGAAAAACUAAUUAAACCUGCUUGUAAGGAAAUGGUGCGAAUAAUGAUUGGAAAUGAAGCGGCUCUUGAAAUCGAUAAGAUACCUAUGUCAAAUGAUACUGUUUCUCGUCGCAUCUGUUGUAUGUCGACAGAUAUUAAAGAGCUCGUUAUAGAAAAGAUAAAAAACUCUCGGUUCACACUUCAAGUCGAUGACUCAACUAGUAGCGACGGAAAAUGCUACAUGAUAGGAUUCGUUCGUUUUGUCGACGAUAAUGCUAUUGUAAGCCAGUUUUUGUGUCUGAAAGAGUUUAAAAAAAAUACUAGAGGUAAAGACAUUUUCAACACAAUUGAUUAUUUUUUUGAAAAUAAUGGAAUAUCGUGGAGUGACUGUGUUGGAAUUUGCACAGACGGAGCUCCAAGUAUGACUGGGAGUAUCAAGGGAUUUGUUACACUGGCUAAAAUAAAAAAUCCAUUAAUCGUUAAGACCCACUGUUUCAUCCACAGAGAAGUGCUGAUGACAAAAACGUUGGGUAGUGAAUUCAAUUCCGUUCUGAGUAAUUCCGUUCGUAUGGUCAACUACAUUAAAGGAAAGCCCCUAAAAAGUAGAAUUUUUGCCGAAAUUUGUGAAUCAAUGGAUGCUGAUUUCACAAAUUUGUUGUACCAUACCGAAGUGAGGUGGUUAUCCAGAGGAAAGGUUCUGUUACGUCUCUAUGAAUUGAAAGAGGAACUUUUGCUGUUUUUCAUGGAAGAGGAGAACAAUGAAUUUACAUGUUAUUUGGAAGACCACGACUGGAUAUCAAAAUUCGCAUUCUUGGCUGAUAUUUUUCAAUAUCUUAACCAGGUUAAUUCUAGUUUGCAAGGACCAUCAGAAAAUAUUUUAACUUCCACCGACAAAAUUUCAGCCUUUCAAGAAAAAAUGUCCGUGUGGUGUGCAAACUUGGAUAAAGGGAAUACAACUAUGUUUCCACUGUUUACGGGCCAGGAAAACUCCAGUCCUACCGUUCUAAAAAUCAUACGAAGUCACUUACAGACUUUACAAAUGUCUAUGAAACAUUAUUUUCCAGACUUAAACGUUGAACACUACGACUGGAUUCGGAACCCUUUUACUUCCAUGAUACAAACAGAUGACUGUGAGGUACAACAGGAAGCAGUGGAUUGA